CCUGCAGCUGACACACAAUCCUGCUCAGCUCCAGUACAAGUCCGAACCGAACCGGAUCAUGCUCGCUGCGUGUUUGGAGGUGCUGGGCCUGGUGCUGUGCGUCCCGGGCUCCCUGCUGGUGAUGGUCGCGUGCUGGCUGCCCAUGUGGAAGGUGUCCGCCUUCAUCGAGUCCAACAUCGUGGUGGCGCAGAUCAUCUGGGACGGGCUGUGGAUGUCGUGCGUGACGCAGAGCACGGGCCAGAGCCAGUGCAAGGUGCACGACUCGGUCCUGGGCCUGGCGCGGGACCUGCAGACUGCGCGCGCCCUCACGGUCAUGUCGGCCGUGCUGGGGGUGGUGGCGCUCACGGUGACAGUGACGGGCGCGCAGUGCACCAACUGCGUGAAGGACGAGGCGGUGAAGGCGCGUGCGGUGCAUGCGGGCGGGCUGCUGUACGUCCUGGGCGGGCUGCUGGUUCUGGUUCCGCUCUGCUGGAUCUCGAGCAACAUCAUCGCGGACUUCCACAACCCGCAGGUUCCGGCGGCCCAGAAGCGCGAGAUCGGAGCGGCCAUGUACGUGGGCUGGGCCGGCGCGGCGCUACUGCUGCUGGGAGGGACGCUGCUCAGCUGCUCCUCGUCCCGGCGGCUCCGGGACCAGAACCGGGACAGGGUGGACACUUACUACGUCCCCGCAGUGACGAGCGGCGGCUCAGAGAAGCUCAACUAUGUCUGAACUUCACGCGAUACUUUUGUUCUGGAGCUGAAACUCUGGAGAAUGGAGGCGCUGGUUUGGUGUCCAGGCCGGGAAAAGAUGGACUGGUGUCAGGACAGACAUUUAUUUUUAUAGACUUUUUGUAACAAUAUAUAUUUGGCAGUCAACAAAAUGUAAUAUUUUUUAAUUGAUCAUAAAUGUUUGAGUUUUGAUGGACUAAAGAAGCAGCAGAACUUUAUAAUAAAAUAACUUUUUGUAAUUAU